AUGAACUGCCCCUCGCGAAAUGACGAGACUUGGGAUCACCCAGACUGGAAUCAGAGUCCGCCACUAUUUAGCUCGGACACAACCUCUCGCAAUGAUUUCAACGGCAUUGUCAAUACCAGAGCUCAUCGUUCAAUCGCCGCUAAUGCAGGGCGUAGCACUAGUAAUGACACGUUAUCUAUUGACCACCGACCGCAUAUUUGCGAAGAUCAAGGACCCGGCAAUGAGAAGACCCUAGACGGAGAAGUGAUCGCUGAUACUUCCAGAGUUCAACCACUCUCGAAAAUCAGUCGGUCAUUUCUCCGCUCUUUCAAAAAUCAUGUUACUUCAUCAGCUGUGCACUGGGCACAUAGUCUGAUUAAGUUCGGCCGCUUUAUCGGCCCGGGCUUCCUUGUCGCUGUCGCUUAUAUAGAUCCUGGUAAUUACUCUACGGAUAUUGCGGCCGGUGCAGAAUACAAAUAUGCACUAUUGUUCAUUGUUCUCCUUUCUAACCUAUUCGCAAUUCUUCUCCAAACUCUCUGCAUCAAGCUGGGUUCCGUGACUGGUCUCAACCUCGCCGAGAACUGUCGCAAGCAUCUACCGCGAUGGAUGGUAUGGAUCCUUUAUGUCCUUGCAGAAGCAGCAAUUAUUGCUACCGACAUUGCAGAGGUCGUUGGUUCUGCGAUUGCGCUGAAUCUCCUCACACCAAAGAUUCCUCUAGUAGCUGGAUGCGCUAUCACCUUAGCGGAUGUCUUUUUCCUUCUUCUCUUCUGGCAGCCGAAUGGGUCUAUGCUCGGUCUGCGUUUAUUCGAGUUCUUCGUCAUGGCGCUUGUAAUGGCUGUCGUUGUCUGCUUUUGCAUUCAACUCUCCCUGAUAGAAAAUCAGUCUGUGGGAGAGGUCUUCCGAGGCUAUCUACCCUCAUCUGCUAUUGUAAAAUCGGAAGGCAUCUACCAAAGUUGUGGUAUUCUCGGUGCUACAGUCAUGCCACACUCUCUCUUCCUUGGCAGUGGAAUAGUCCAAUCUCGCCUGAAAGACUUUGAUGUCACUACAGGCUAUGUCCAAUCUACCGUGCCUCUGGGCAGUAAUGGUGGUGAAGUAGAGUAUCGACCCUCCAUCCAUGCAAUACGUGCCUGCCUCAAGUACUCUGUCAUUGAGCUGGCACUAUCCCUUUUCACCUUCGCCCUCUUUGUCAAUAGCGCCAUUCUCAUUGUGGCCGGUGCCUCUCUGUACGACGUUCCUGGCGGCUCAUCUGCCGAUCUCUUCGGUAUCCACAAUCUACUUUCAGCCUCCGUCGCUCCAGCUGCCGGUCUAAUAUUCGCCCUGGCCCUCCUUCUUUCGGGUCUAUCCGCCGGUCUGGUGUGCACAAUGGCAGGGCAGAUGGUGAGCGAAGGCAUGCUGAACUGGAGAACCAAACCCUGGGUACGGAGACUUAUCACCCGUACAAUCAGUAUCAUACCCAGUAUCAUUAUUGCGGCAGCUGUCGGUAAGGAGGGGCUGGAUAAAACUCUUAAUGCUAGCCAGGUUGUGCUCAGUGUUAUCCUACCUUUCGUUUCUGCCCCGCUGGUCUGGUUUACUUGUUUUAACAACUACCUGACUGUCCCUGCUGAACGGACUGACGAAGCUGAUGGCGAGGUUGAGGUGCAGCAGAUCUCGAUGCGGAAUCAUAUCGUGACUUCCGUUGUCACUGUUAUCGUGUGGCUCAUCAUCGUUGUGAUGAAUGUGGCUCUUCUCGUUUUGCUCGGAAUGGGCAAAACAUAA